AUGAGCCGCUCAAAGGUGGCCAACAUUGCACUGGGCGUUCUUUGCGGACCCAUUCUUUGCUGCUGGAUCGCCUUUGCAUCGUGCUGUUGCCCGGGACGGCUUCAUCGACAUGGCGAAUCCGAAGAUCGAAAACGCUUCGAGCGCCGGCAGGUCAUGUCACCGCGUCCGCUGGCUGUGAGGCCUCCUGAACGUGCUCUCACGAUUCCAGUGCCCAUACCCCCGACCGAACGACACAAGAACGCGCGGGGCAAAACGUUGAAUCAAUCCCGCUCGCGACUGCUAUCACUUCCUCUGGAGCUGCGCCAGAUGAUCUGGCGUGCGGCCCUCGGCGACUCCACCAUCCACAUGGUGUUGAAGAAGAACAAACUUGGCCAUUUGCGAUGCAAGGAAUCUCGCACGGUAGAUUGCCCCCUGGGUUACAACGGCAAAACAUUGAGUCGAGCAUGUUGCUGGGGCGCCGUGGACAGAGCGAAUAUCUGGCAGCCCAAGGGAGGUAACGGUCCCAAGCAUACAGAUGGCAACGUUCUUCCUCUCCUUCAGUCUUGCCGGCAAAUAUAUUCCGAAGCAAUAGAGUACCUCUAUACGACCAAUUGCUUCUCUUUCUAUGACCUCGACUGCCUCCGUUACUUCUCCUGCACAACCCUCCCGUCUCGGUUCUCUCUGAUUCGCACCCUCGAUAUCGAGUGGUGCCUCACCUGGCCCAUCUACGAUCCCGUCGCGCAAAGUUUCCUCCUUACCAGUCCCGCUUUAUAUCCUCCACAUGAUGAAGCUACGUGGGAAGAGACAUGGCGCGUCAUUGCUGCGAUGCCAAACCUCAACUUCAUAAGAGUCAGCCUGUUGUACUUUGACGGGUUUCGGGAUCGAAGAUGCGAGCGUAAGAUGCUGGCACCGAUGCGCAAGGUGACGAGACCAAAGGUUUUUGAGGUGCAUGUUAGUUGGCAUGGUGAUGAGCAUGCUGAGGAUGCACCUUUCACGCUGAUCAGGCCAGUCGCUGAGGAUGGGGAAGGCCAGUGA